CCUCACACACACACACACACCCCCUCACUGCGGUUCUUCUUUGCAUUUCACAGUUCGUCUCGGCUUCUCUCGGAGGAUUUCUUCUUCUUCUGCUGGUUCUGCUGAGCAGCUGGAGGAGAGGACUUAGGAGCCAGGAUGCGUUGUGUGAGCUGGUUGUUGUUGGGGACCUGCCUCCUGGUCCUGGGCCCCGCCGUGCAGGGAGCCCCGGGCCAGUGCCCCAGCCUGUGCCACUGCCACGGGGACCUCCAGCACGUCAUCUGUGACAGCGCCGGGCUGAAGAAGAUCCCCCAGGUGUCGGACGCCACCCGCUUGCUGAACCUGCAGAGGAACAGCCUGGGCCACAUUCCCACAGGGGCCUUCAGCGACAGCAAGGGGCUCAUCUCCCUGCACAUGCAGCACUGUCAGCUCAGAGAGAUCGGCUCUCAGGCCUUCAAGGGGCUGAAGAAGCUCGUCUACCUCUACCUGUCCAACAACGAGAUCAACAGCAUCAAGCCCGGCGCCUUCGAGGACCUCACGGAGCUCACCUACCUCUACCUAGACGGGAACCAGAUCAGCGACCUGGCCAGGGGCAUCUUCUCCCCCAUGAUCAACCUCUUUAUCCUGCAGCUCAACGACAACCGGCUGCGCGAGCUGCGGCCGGGGACCUUCACCGGGGCCAAGGACCUGCGCUGGCUGCACAUGAGCGGGAACGAGCUGACCACCCUGCAGCCGGGCUCUCUGGACGACGUGGAGAACCUGGCCAUCCUUCACCUGGACCGGAACAAGAUGUCCACGUAUCCCAGUGCGGCCAUGAGCAAGCUGCGAGUGGUGGAGGAGCUCACGCUGGGGAGGAAUCCCAUGAGGACCAUCCCAGACAACGCCUUCCAGAGCUUUGGGCGCUACAUGGAGAAGCUGCACCUGGACAACAUGAGUCUGGAGAAGUUCUCUGACGGUGCGUUCACCGGAGUGACGGCCAUCAAGUCGCUGCACCUGGACAACAACAGACUGAAGUCUCUUCCCAGAAGCCUGGAGCUCAGCACCAUCACCAACCUCACGCUGUCCACCAACCCCUGGAGCUGCAGCUGUCAGCUGGCUGCGCUGCGCAGGUGGAUGGACUCGAGCCGCAGUCGUCCAGACGCACUGUGCGCUUCCCCCCCCGCACAGCGAGGCAAGCAGGUCCGAGACAGCUCCGCCUUCAGUGGCUGCAGAGUCAAGGCCAAGAGAGCCAAGAAGGGCACACGUCCCUGAACACGCAGCCGGGCAGGAGACGCUGUGAGCAGGAGCCUGUCCAGGGGACCGGCUACAACCAGAGCUACGCUAACGCUACUUCCAGACUGUCCGUCUACUCAUCUGUCAGAUGACGUCACUAGUGUAAACACAAACAAACACAUUCAUAGAUACACAUCCGCUCUGUCUGCGUCACGCUCACACACACACACACACACAUAUUAUCAUAUACUUUUCACUGACUUAUAUCAAAGAUGAAAAAUAUAAGUAUGAAGUGGAUAACGUGCUGGCAACCAUCAAAUAUGAAAGGUCAGGAAUAAACCAGAGCCUCAGGGACGUGGUGGGUUCAGAGGCAAACUGAAAACAGACGUUUAAAGCUGCAUGAACUGAUUGUUUGGCCACUAGGGGGCAGUGUUACAAUCUGUGUAAACAGUGGAACAGACUGUGGCUGUGUCUCAAUUCAAACGCCAUCGAUCUGUACCCGCUCAAACUAUCCCAGGAUUCAUUGUGCUUCUGUAAACAAACUGUUUUUCAAAGAGGUAACAGCGUCAAGUUUGAGCUUCAACUCAACCCAACCGCUAAAGGUUAUUGGAUGGCGCCCUGAGAAGGAGGCGGAGCCCUGAGUUGAGACACGGCUGUGAGGUUCUGUUCAGAGGUUGAACCCUGGUCACGGUGUCACAGACGAUCCAGGAACAAUCACAGUUUGGGUUUAAGAAGUGAUUCAACAUUCUCCCGCUUCAUCUGUCCCUCACACCAAAUUGAAAGUUUGAUUUUGUAAAAAUUAUCGAUUUGAAAACAGAAUCUGUGGGCUAAAAAAUGAAAAGAAAAACGUUUUGAGUGUUUCCUUUAUGCAUUUCUUAUGUUUUCUCGUUAUCUUUGCAUUUCCUGGACUUUUGGAGGUGGAAACAAGUUCUCACGUCCAAUAAACCUUUCAUAAAAAACA